GGAAUAGGUUCACCUAGUGUCUACCAUGCUGUUAUAGUGAUCUUCUUGGAGUUUUUUGCUUGGGGACUCUUGACAGCGCCCACUCUGGUGGUUUUGCACGAAACCUUCCCAAAACAUACAUUUCUAAUGAAUGGUCUAAUUCAAGGAGUAAAGGGCUUAUUAUCGUUCCUCAGUGCCCCACUCAUAGGUGCCCUGUCUGACGUGUGGGGACGAAAGUCCUUCUUGCUGCUAACAGUAUUUUUCACCUGUGCACCAAUACCACUAAUGAAGAUCAGCCCAUGGUGGUACUUCGCUGUUAUCUCUGUCUCUGGAGUUUUUGCAGUGACAUUUUCUGUGGUUUUUGCAUAUGUAGCAGACAUAACCCAGGAGCAUGAAAGAAGCAUGGCCUAUGGUUUGGUUUCAGCAACUUUCGCAGCAAGUUUAGUUACCAGCCCUGCUAUUGGUGCCUACCUUGGUCGAGUCUACGGAGACAGCCUGGUCGUGGUCCUGGCCACAGCAAUAGCCUUGUUAGACAUUUGUUUUAUUCUUGUUGCUGUACCAGAAUCACUGCCGGAGAAGAUGAGGCCAGCAUCCUGGGGAGCACCCAUUUCAUGGGAACAGGCUGACCCUUUUGCAUCACUGAAGAAAGUUGGCCAGGACUCAAUUGUGCUGCUGAUCUGCAUAACAGUCUUUCUUUCCUACCUCCCAGAGGCAGGUCAAUAUUCCAGCUUCUUCCUAUACCUCAGACAGAUAAUGGGAUUUUCAUCUGAAAGCGUUGCAGCAUUUAUAGCAGUCCUUGGGAUUCUUUCCAUUAUUGCACAGACAAUAGUUUUGAGUUUACUUAUGCGGUCCAUUGGAAAUAAAAAUACCAUCCUACUGGGCCUAGGAUUUCAGAUACUACAACUUGCAUGGUACGGCUUUGGAUCAGAACCAUGGAUGAUGUGGGCAGCUGGUGCUGUUGCAGCCAUGUCCAGUAUUACUUUCCCAGCUGUAAGCGCACUGGUUUCACGAACUGCUGAUGCUGACCAACAGGGUGUUGUUCAAGGGAUGAUAACAGGAAUUCGAGGACUCUGUAAUGGUUUGGGACCAGCACUUUACGGUUUUAUAUUCUAUAUAUUUCAUGUUGAGCUCAAUGAACUCCCCAUGCCUGAAUCACCAGCAGGAGGUGGUGUGGUCACACAAUACCAUUUACAACAGAAUUCCAUAAUUCCUGGCCCCCCAUUUUUAUUUGGAGCAUGCUCUGUGCUGUUGGCGCUACUUCUUGCCUUGUUUAUUCCUGAACACACGAACCUAAACCUACGACCCAGCAACUGGAAGAAACACUGUGGCAGCCAUGGCCACCCCCACAGCCCACAAGCUCCUGGUGAAGCUAAAGAACCAUUAUUGCAAGAUACAAAUGUAUGACAAAAAUCCAGGAAGAUCUUCCGGAUGUUUUUUUCCAUCAGCAGUUUGGGACACACAUUCCAAUUCCAUCCAAAAUGUUAUUUCUUAAUAUACUCUUAAGUAUCUUUCUGCAUGAAAUUCAUAGGAAUUGAAAAAAAAAAAAAAAAAAGGAGUUUCUCCAAAGAUGUUGCCAUUGAAUUAUAAUUUGCUUUUAAAAACAAACUGUUACAUACUUGUCUCUUGCCAUGAAAUACUGUUACUACUAAACUUUACAUUCUAG